AUGGCGGCGAUUGGUCGCGUUUCAAUCAAGGCGGUGGAGGUGGUAGUAGGUGGCAAGAAGGAGGUGGUGGAAGAAGAAAACCGAAGAGGUCGUUGGGAUGAAUCAAGCGCUUCUAACCAAGAUUGGACAAAACCACUUGCCCCUGAUGAACGUUUGGAGGAAGAACUUUUUGGAAAUCGUAGUACGGGUAUUAACUUCAAUAAAUAUGAAGAUAUUCCAGUUGAAGCAACUGGUGAAGAUAUACCCUCCCAUAUUAAUACAGUAAGCUUAAUAUAA